AUGAUUGUGAACAGCAAAGUAGGUGAAGAAGCAGGUGAAGAAGAGAUUUGGAACAAUGAGUUUGUUUCCUGGAAUCCCUCAGAUUUCUGUAAUAUUACCAGAAUCAGCCUUCCUGUAAACCUUUUCUGGAUGCCUGACGUCUACAUAGAUGAACGGGCUGAUGAAGACAAAUUCACAUCCAGCCCCUAUGUUGACUUGUCAUACAAUGGUACUGUUUGUGCAUUCCAAGUAUAUCGACUCACCUCAACUUGCAAUCUGGAUGUCCAUGCAUUUCCUUUCGAUGAACAAAAAUGCAAUUUAACUUUGAUGUCUUCGAUGCAUUCAGAUAAGCAAAUAUUAAUGAAGAACAUUAAAAGUUCCAAAAAGACAAACCAAGAUAGUCGUGAGAAUUACCUCAUAAAGGGUGAAUGGAAAUUUGAAAAACUGAGCAUCGUGGAGGAAACAAUUCCUUAUAAGAUGAACUUCAGUACAGUCACAUAUGAGAUUUCAAUGAAAAGGAGGUCGAUUUUUCACGUGCUAGUUCUGAUCGUACCAACCUUCACUCUCUUUUUGCUAGAUACGGCUAUUUCUUUUACAGUUGUUUCUCCUGGAGAUAUGAUUGCCUUCAAAGUCACACUGAUCCUGGAAACUUCUGUCCUGUCAUUGAUCCUUAAUGAAAUGCUGCCAGCUACAUCAGAUGACCCACCUGUUAUAGUGAUGUAUUUCACUGGCAUAUUCAUGUUUAUGGUGCUUGGAAUCCUGGAGAACUUCCUGAUGAUGUAUCUCAAUGAGAAGAAACCAACUUUCCUUUUCUUCAAGGACAGGAAAUGUAUGAGCAGGUUCUGGAGAAAGAAAACAGUGGACCCUGUGAUUAUUCCAGCAGGAAAUGUGACAGAUGAGACAUCCAUGGAGAACAAGCAGAUCAAUGAAGGUACCUUGCCAGAAACAGAUAAUGCAAACAGCUUGGUGCUUCUAAAACGACUGAGUGUGGAACUGCAGCAGAUCAGAAAACAUCUGGUUUUAGAAGGACACCAGGAUGAACCAGUCCUCCAGGAUAAAACUUUUUACCGCAAGUAA